AUGGCCUGCCACUUACUAAGAAAGCCUUUCUUUCCUAAGCAAACAGCCUUUGGCAAUCAGUUUUUCUCCUCUGUAAAAAGUUUUCCAAAAUCAUCACUUUUAAUAUCUGGUGAAAGAGCAUCGGAUACAUUUGUUGUGGUUACUCCACAUCUGGACUUUGAUGAAAGAUUUGCUGAUUUACCACUGUUAGAAGAUAACAUCAAGCGGAGGAGACUGGAUCUAUGUGUUCCUGAAAUGAAAGAUUCAUGGUACUUCUAUAAAGACUGGAAUGAAAAAAGGUUACAGCUACAAGAAAAUCUAUCUGGAAUAGGAGCAAGGAUUAGUGAAGUAAUAAAAUAUGAAGACAGUAAAGAUAAGAAGAUAGAGAUGGAAAAUUUACAAAGGCACAAGGAUUUGCUACGAGAAGAUUUGCAAAAUGUUAAGAAGAAUGUAUGGAGCUUGGAAGACACUGUAAUAAGUGACCUACUAAAAUUGCCAAAUAUUUUACAUUCUUCAACUCCGGAUAAUGAAGAGCAAUUGUUCAUUUUUGACUCUGAAAAUAUUGAAGAGAAAAAUAAUCACUUAGAAGUAGGUGUAAAGUUAAACAUGCUUGAAUUCCGUAACAAACUUACCUACUUUCUCAAAAAUAGAGCUACUCUUUUUGAACUUGCUGUGCCAGAACUGUUUUUUAAUCAUCUUGUAAUGAAAGGGUUUAUAAGGUUUUCCAAUCCUGACUUCGCUAGGAGUGUACUAGCCGAGGGUGUAGGUAUUGUUCCAAAUAAUGACUACUCCCAUUUGUACCUACUUGCAAAUACUGAAGGUAACAAUGAUCAUUUGUACCUAUGUGGAGGGGCUUCACUUUUUCCAUUCUGCGGUUACCAUGCCAAGCAUUCUGUCCCAAAGCAGUCACUACCUUUAAAGUAUAUAUCCUCUGGUCGCCAGUACAGUCCGGAUAUUGGUUCGUUACCUGGCCUGUAUUCUGUGAACCAGUCCACUUCUAUCCAGCUGUUUCUGGCAACGCACAGUGAGGAUGAUAUUUACCGCAAUUUCAUGUGUUGUGUAGAGAACUUGCAAGAUGUGUUUAGUAUUCUUGGACUAAAUUUUAGAAUAGUAAAUCAACCUCCUUAUUUACUUAAAAGUUGGGAAAGUUCACGUGUCAGCAUACAAGUGUUUUCCCCUUUUCACAAUGUAUAUGUAGAAGUAGGAAGUGUUAGUUUGAUUGGUGAUUUUAUUAGCAAAAGACUCAGAAUGUGUUACAGUGACAAAAAAGUGGAACCUUUCCUCUCAGUUGUGUCUGGAAGUAUUAACAUACAAACUUUGCUUGCUCUAUGUUUGGAACGUUCUCAUAACGAUUUGUUUGUUCCAAGUGCUUUAUCAACAUAUAUGAUGAAGUAAUUAUAUUUCCUUACAAAACCAGGUUAUGGAGAUAGUUAUAGGUUAGAUUUAUUAUUUACCAUAGUUUUAUCUAAGAAGACCUUUUGUUUGUCUAUAAAGUUUGUUGAAUAUGAAACAAUACAAGUAAUUACAUAAACCCAUA